AUGGUGAAUAGAGAAGCAAUUUCUCUAUUCACCAUACGCCUGGAUCCGUCUGCUGUGGCAUAUGGUACAGCAAUUUUGUUUGCAACACCUAUUGAUUUUUCCACAAUGGCCUCAACAGUAAUACGAGAUUUAGAAGGAUUGAAAAUCAACCAAUCUACAGGAUGUCGAGUGGUUAAGAAUAUUUCAAUCCGAAUUGCUCAAAAACGAUAUCAAUACAUAAUGUUUCCCUUAGAAAAUGACGCUUUGAUAAUCCUGCAUAGAUUUUAUGAACUACGAGGAUUCUCUGGAUGUAUUGUAGCAAUAGAUGCAACACAUAUUCCUAUAAUAAGUCCUGGCAGAGAAAAUGCAGAAUCAUAUAGAAAUAGAAAGGGAUAUUUUUUAUUGAACUGCCAGGCAAUUGCUGGUCCUUCAAAUGAAAUUUUGUCUGCAUGUGUUCAAUGGCCUGAAAGUGUUCACGAUUCACAAAUUUUUUCAAACUCAGCCAUUAAACAAGUUUUAGAGGCUCGUCAACAUGUCCAUGUUAUAGGGAAUUCUGGAUAUUUGUGCAAUUUGACGCCGUUUGAUUACCCAGAAAAUAUUAGUGAAAGAAAAUACAGCUUCAGUUUGAGUAGCACACGUGUUACAGUUGAAUGUUGUUUUAGUAUUUUAAAAAAGCGAUUUGGUUGCCUUAAAUUCCUCUACGAACAAAACUGA